UCGCGCAUAAGUUUCGACUGAUAAUUGCAAUGGGCUGAAAGUAUGUUUGGGCAUCCAUUAAUGCUAACAAUUCGUGUAAUUGAGUUGUUAUGUUUCAAUUGGCUGAUAAGCCCAUUGACAGAUAGAUGCAGAGCCAUAAACUUGCGAUAUUAAUACCGGCGCUGCUGUUCAUUGAUUAACUGCCACGCCCGUCAAUCAGUUCAGCGAAAUGGGUCCCGUGAUUAAGUUGUUUGAUUGCAAUGACCAUGCCGAUGACAAUGAUGAUGACAAGCUACCAGUUGGGCCAAAGGACAAAUGCUUCUGCAUCAGACGCGUAACUCGUAUCAUACUAAUGUGCGUCGCCUUUGUGCUGACCAUCUACGUCUGUGUGUUAUCCUCGGAGCGCUACUUCCAGUACUGGGUGCAGACCACAAUCGAUCGCACCGACGUUCACGUCUCGGAGAUUGCCUUCCCAGCCAUCACCAUUUGCCCCACCCACAUGACGCCCAGCACGCACACGAAUGCCAGAGAGCAGCGCCUAAUGUUGCUCUAUAAUCUAAUGCAGAGCAUUCAUUGGCGCACCCCAAUGGGCCAUUCCACACAGUUGAACAUUAGCGAGUUCGAGGAAUUUAAUAACCACUCGUUGCUCUACCUAGACAGCAUAUUCGACUUUGGCUACACCUGCAAGGAUUUGUUUUUGGAGUGCACUUGGCGCCGCCAAGAAGUGGAUUGCUGCAGCCUGCUGUUCCGAAGGCUGAAGGUGGGCUCCUGCUACGUCUUCAACUCGCUGCUCGUCGAAGAUGCCGAUCCCACAUGGCCCUGGUCGGUGGCCGAUUCUGGACUCAAAAGCGCGCUAAGUAUCAAGGUUAAUCGCUUUAUAAACGGCAUCAGGCUGGCGGCCCUAGGGGUCAUUGUGCAAGAGCCGGGUCAGUAUGUGGGUUCCAGUGUGACGUAUUCCACAGAUGAUCGGAUUGUUGUCGGAUUGCAGCCGCGGCACUUUACGGCCGAGCCAGCUGUUAGGGCCCGCCCCGUGAAUAAGCGAUAUUGUUAUUUUAUCGACGAGCUGAAGCAGUCCUAUUCAGAGUGCAUUGUCAGAUGCCAUAUGACCUACAUAUCCAGGAAGUGUAACUGUACUCACAAACUAUUCCCAAUCAAUGUAGACCAGACACAUGAGGAGCCCCUGCGCCAGUGCACCACUGCGGAUUUGCUGUGCAUGCAAAAGAACGGAGGUAAGUGUUUGGCAGGCAGAGUUAGAACGUUAGUUAAUCAACGAGUUCGCAAAGUCUCACUCUUUUACAUGAGCAACAUAAUUGAGGAGUCUAAGAACAGUGUCUUCAAUACCACCCGUUGCAAGUGCUAUCCCAUCUGUGACCACACUCAGUAUCAUGCAGCUACAUUCACGGAUCGGCUAAGCAGCUCCGACAGCAGAGGUAAUCAGUUUGAGAUUGACGUCUACUUUCAGGAGGAGACCCUUUUCUCGUAUCGCUCCACUCUGCAUAUAACAAUGCUUGACUUGAUGGUUUCGUAUGGGGGCAUAGCUGGUUUGUUUUUGGGUCUAUCGGUGGUCGGAGCCAUAAACAGCCUAUUGGAUCGCAUUACUUGCUGCAGCAAACCCACACCACAGCUCAUUAAACCUGAUCUCGAAGUUAAAAGAGUCUCACGUGUUGUUACCUGUAAUCAAAAGAACAUGAACGAAUAG